AUGGCUUGGCCACCAGUCGGGCCGCUGGGCCAGACAUCCUCUCCUGCAGACGGCAGAACAACUUCGCACCACCACCGUACUCCUAGCACAGCAGCACACGCGUCUCGACGCAGAGCCCACCCCGAUCCUCUACCCACGAACCUAAACCCUACAGUCUCUAAUAGCCUAGAUCCCGUCAGCCUCGGAUCCCUAGAUAUUGCCCAGCUCCAGGUCGAAUCGAGCUCCGAUUCCGACGCUCAGCACUCCCGCCAUCCCUCCAAGCCGAGCCACGGACGCUCCAUGAGCAAUCCGUUCCCGUCCUUGUUCUCGACCAAGAAAAAAAAAAAGGCCAGAGACCAGUCUCCCUCUGGCUUUAGCGACUCGGAGUCCAGCGAUGAAGCCGGCCCGAUGCACAAGUCACGGGGCAGCAAGCAAGCCCCGCUGCACUCGCUGGCAGCUGCUGGUCCAGGCCGUGGAAACAGCUUCACAACCGGGCCCUGCAUAACCUGCGGGUCUCUCAUGCGGUGGGCCCAGGGUGUCGAAGCCUUCAGGUGCAGCAUCUGCCUGACUGUCAACGACCUUGUGCCUGGUGGGAGGGUGCCGGCUACUGGCUCCGGAAAGCACACUCGAGCCUCACAGGCUAGAGAUGAUGGUGCUCCGAUUUCGGUCGAACGGACUAGGGCCUUGGCUCAGCAGUGCAUUCGGUCCUAUCUCACUGCCGUCCUGUCAAACGUCCAUGCCGGCCACGAUGUUCCGCCAAGACAGAUGCACCCGACGCCCUCCUCUGCUUCCUCCCCUUUGAAGGCAAACCAACGGCCGGACAUCUCCUCCACCGGACCUACAGUUGCUGCCGGUACAGACAGAGCCGAGUCAGGCAGGCCUCUAUUUCCUCCCUCUGACUCCGGAGCCCGGACUGCGAAUAGCCCAACUCGCCGAGCUCUUCCUAGCAACCGGCCCCCACGAAAUUCUAAAACCACCCAAAAGCUUCUCCCUACGCCUCCCGGCCCUGUGUUAGGAGAACGGCCUUCUCGUUUGCCGAGUGUCCACUCCUUCCCCCAGACGCUUCCACAAGGUGUCGAUAAGACCCGGGAAGAAACAGAAGCGAAGCGAAUAUUUAAGCAGUUGGAAGACGACAUUAUCACGCAUUUCUUAUCCAUCAACUGUCUGGACAGCUCGUUUGUGCCCAGUCAGCCCGUUGUCAACCAAGGACACCGUCGUGAGGUCUCUGAGGCGAGCCACCACACCUCCUAUGCCCACGAGGACCUCUCCGUGUCUGUAGGAGAAUCGGGCCUUCCCGAACUGGACCACAAGCUUCUUCUUCUUGGGGACGUUGCUGAAAAUGGUUCUUGGUGGACGGGGCACCAAAUUCCUAGGAGGCCAACACACCCCGAUCAUCGCCGCCAGAGGAGCGAGAGUGGAGUUGUGAGCAGCUCCAGCUGUGCAACCAGGCCCAUACGAAUCGACUGGCCUGCUGUGGAUGAGUGGUUCAAUACGGUUGUCAACGUUGGGGCAACAUGGACCGAAGUGUACAACCACCUUGUUGAGUCUAAUACUUGCGUGUCACAACCAAAGAUAUUACUUGAGCAGAUCGAGGCCGAAAUUCUAAAGGGGCAGAACCACGUACAGCGGGUGCUACUGAAGGCUAUAGAAACUGUGCUCAAACGGCCGGGACGUCGCAUAGGCGAGUCGGGCGACUUCCGAUUCCUGAUUAUGGCACUGGCAAACCCGCUCUUACACGCCUCGUGCCGACCAUUCGCCGGGGUCUUCCAGCGUACUGCACAUACCCAGCAGUCACGGCACCAACAAAAGCACGAAGCAAGUCGCGGGAAUGGACCGGCAUCUGGACAACACUCAGUCAUUAUCAAGCGCAUCUUGGGACUGAUCUCGAACGCAUCCGAUGAGCGGCAGCGCCAUGUGACUUCUUGCUUUUCCCACUUCUCAGUGGCCCGCUUCAUGCAGAUGAAAGAUCUAGUGGGCGGUUUCUUGGCGUACCGCUUGGUGCGCCACAACGAAAAGAAGGAGGAGUCCAAGGACGAAUUUGCAGAGGAGCUGGUGCCCAGAGUGUCAGAAGGGGCAUCGGCUGCGUCGCUGCAGGCAGCACUCAGCCAGACAUCGGGGCCGGCUAAGAAACCGAAGACCAAGGCCGAGAAAAAGCUGUCCCAUGGCGACGAUUGGCAGAUCAAGGCCGCCGUUCGCGUUCUGGGCCUUCUGUUCAAUGCGAACAGCGCAGCCUAUGCGCAUCGACACGCGUCGGACGGUCUGCUCGAUGACAAAGAAAAACCAGGGAUGGGCCCACGCGCGAACCUGAACGGCCAGCUUUUGCCGACGUCUGACUUCUACAUGACCCUGCUGGACAACUGCGAUCUGGUAGCGGAUUUCGAGUCUUGGGAGCUCAAGACGCCAAAGUUUACGUUUUGCCGCUAUCCUUUCUUGCUGAGCAUCUGGGCCAAGAUCCAGAUUCUCGAACACGAAGCACAUCGCCAGAUGAGGACCAAGGCGCGAGAUGCCUUCUUUGACAGCAUCAUGACACACCGAGACUUUGACCAGCAUUUUAGCUUAAGAGUCAGGAGGGACUGUCUCGUCGACGACAGCCUCACGGCCGUGAGCGAAGCAGUUGGCAGUGGCGGCGAGGACCUCAAAAAAGGGCUGCGUAUUGUCUUUAGAGGAGAAGAGGGCAUUGAUGCCGGCGGGCUUCGCAAAGAAUGGUUCCUCUUGCUCGUACGGGAAGUUUUCAAUCCAGACCACGGCAUGUUUUCGUACAAUGACGAUUCCCGGUACUGCUAUUUCAACCCCAACUCAUUCGAGACAUCGGACCAGUUUUUCUUGGUUGGGGUCGUUCUGGGCUUGGCGAUCUACAACUCGACUAUCCUGGACAUUGCCUUGCCACCAUUUGCAUUCCGCAAGCUUCUGCUUGCCGGACCAGAGGCGCCUGCGGGAAUGAUAACCGGGAUGACCCGACCGCCUAUCUCUUACACGCUGGCAGAUCUUGCAGAGUACCGACCAGGGCUCGCCAAGGGUCUUCAGCAGCUUCUCGACUACGAGGGUGAUGUCGAGUCGGCCUUUUCACUCGACUUUACCAUACCCGCCGAGAAGUACGGAGUGAUGGAGCAGGUGCCCCUGUGUGUCGAUGGUGAAAAGCGCCCAGUUACAGGGUCCAAUCGGCGGGAGUAUGUCCACUUGUAUGUCCGGUACCUGCUCGAUACCGGCGUGUCUCAACAGUUUGAACCGUUCAAGCGGGGAUUCUUUACGGUCUGUGAUUCCAACGCGCUGCUUCUCUUCCGCCCGGAAGAGAUCGAGCUUCUGGUACGAGGGUCUGACGAGCGGCUGGAUAUUACUUCUUUGCGCAUGGCUGCGAGUUACGACAACUGGGGCGCGCAUAGCUCGCCGGAGAGUGAGCCGACCAUUCGGUGGUUCUGGCAGGCUUUUGAGGAAGCAUCACCGCAAGACCAGCGGAAGCUACUGACAUUCAUCACGGGGAGUGACCGUAUACCUGCGACAGGACCGGCGUCUUUGUCGAUCCGCAUCCUCUGCCUUGGCAACGACACUGGACGAUACCCAACGGCAAGAACGUGUUUUAACACACUGACUCUGUAUCGCUACCGAUCCAAAGAGGCGCUGCAAAAGAGGCUGUGGGAAGCCGUAAACGAGAGUGAAGGGUUUGGCCUAAAGUGA